AUGCCCUUUGUGACCGAAACGGUGGGAGGCGGCUGGCACACCUCCGACAUCUUCAGCCGGCUCCUGAAGGAGCGCAUCAUCUGCCUCAACGGCGAAGUCGAAGAAGUCUCCUCUGCCUCGAUCGUCGCCCAGCUCCUCUUCCUCGAGGCCGAGAACCCCCAAAAGCCGAUCAACCUGUACAUCAACUCGCCCGGCGGCAGCGUCACCGCCGGGCUCGCCAUCUACGACACCAUGCAAUACAUCCAAAGCCCCGUUACGACCAUCUGCCUCGGGCAGGCAGCGUCGAUGGGCAGCUUGUUGCUCUGCGGCGGGGCGCCGGGGCGACGCUUCUGCCUGCCGCACGCGCGGAUCAUGGUGCACCAGGUCUCGGGCGGAUACUCCGGGCAGGCGUCGGACAUCGCGAUCCACGCGAGGGAGAUUCUGCGGAUCCGGGAGCAGCUGAACAUGAUCUAUCAGAAGCACCUCACCAAGAACCACACCCUCGAGGAGAUCGCGAAGGUCAUGGAGAGGGACACGUUCAUGGGUGCGGAGGAGGCGAUGGAGUGGGGCAUCAUCGACCAGGUCAUGGAUCGGAGACAGACUGGCGCUGCGAGCUCAUGA